GUUCUUCUAUCUUUCAUUGUUCUGGUCACUCUAUUCUUAUGGAUCAACAGAAGCUUAUGGAUUUUCUAGCAUCUAAAUCGUACGAGGAAAUAAAGGAAGUAAGCAAAGGUGCUCAUGGCACUGUUUACAAGGCAAAGAGGAAGAAUAGUGGAGGUGGAGCCACCAGGGUUGCCCUUAAAUGUAUCCCAUUAAAACAAGGUCCUGCUGCUGAAGCUCACGAGCAACGUCAACGUCUUGCUAAGGAGUGGGAAGUGCUGGAGCAACAUGGAGGCAAAAACUAUAUCAUUAACUAUAAAGACAGAUUCAAGAAUGGAAAUACUCAUUGCUUUGUUCUCCAAUAUAUCGAGCACGACAAGCCUGAGGUGUUAAAGGAGGAAAUUAGUAUUGAUCAGCUCCGACGGUAUGGUUACUGCAUGUUCCGGGCUCUUGCAGCUCUUCACGAGGGGGGAGUGAUACACACAGAUGUUAAACCUGGGAGUUUCCUUUUCUCCCGUAAGCUUAAAAAAGGGUAUCUGACUGAUUUCUAUCAUGCCAGGUUUCCGGAUGAGAACCCUGUCGACGGCUCUCCCAUGCCUUCAAAACAACCAAUUGCCAAUGAUGCCGCUGGUCCUGGAGAGCAGAUAAGAAAAGGUCCUUGGGUGGGAACAAGGGGCUAUCGGGCUCCAGAGGUAUUGUUCAGGUCUCCACAUCAAGGUCCUAAGCUUGACAUCUGGUCUGCCGGCGUAUCCUUGCUCUAUCUCAUAAUGGGAAAAACUCCUUUCACUGGAGACCCUGAACAGAGCAUAAAGGAUAUAGCUCAACUGAGAGGCAGUGAGGAUCUAUGGGAGCUUGCUAAGCUACACAAUCGGGAAUCCUCAUUCCCUGCGGACUUAUAUGGUAAACAAGGUUUGUCACCUUUGCGAUUUCAAGUUUGGUUCGAAAAAAGAAUGAAAAUUGAGAAACGAGGGUUCCUGGAAGUCUCUCGAGGGUUCCUGGAAGUCUCUCGCGAUUUAAGAUUACUGCUUGAUCUCUUGGACAAGUGCUUGAUGGUGAACCCUAGACUGAGAAUCGGUGCAGAGGAGGCCCUUAAGCAUGAGUUUUUUGCUCCAUGCCGUUAGAAGAAGGAAAGGCAACGUGAGUGUAGGGGUGAUCAUGAGCAAUGCCCACCCAAGCCCCCUAAAGUCAAGAAGCAACC